AACGUGUUGUAGUACCGAGUGCCGAUACUGAAAUAAAAUAUAAAAACUAUAAAAUAAUAUAGUCUGUGCAUUUGUUAUUAAUUUGUUUUACUUUAUACUAAAACUAGUUGUUUUCCUCCGAUGAGAUAAAAAAAUGUUUAUGAGUAAGUUCAAGACAGAGCCGUAUUUGAUGUUAAAAGAAGGCCACGGUAGACUAGAAGGUAAUGACAAAUAUGAAGGAUACGUGGUGGAUCUUAUACAAAUGAUUGCUAAGGAAAUCAACAUAACUUAUGAAUUUCGUUUAAGAAGUGAUGGAAAUGGAAAACGUGACAAAAAGACAAACAAAUGGAAUGGGAUUAUCGGCGAAGUACAAGAAAUGGUAAAACAUUUUUUUUUUUAUAGGAUAUU